GUUUGCUUCUUUUCCUGAGAUACGCCCUAGGACACUUGUUCAAAAAUUGUGUAGAAGCGCUCCUGGAAAUCUGAAGUCCCAGGCUGUCUGCCCCAUGGACCUCAGUGCCGCCGAUCACCGUAUACCUCUCAGUGAUGGAAACAGCAUUCCUAUCAUCGGGCUUGGUACCUACUCAAAUCCUCGGGUGACCCCUGAGGGGACCUGCAAGACAUCGGUGAAGGCAGCCAUUGACGUGGGGUACCGGCACAUCGACGGGGCCUACGUCUACCUGAACGAACACGAGGUGGGGGAGGCCAUCAGAGAGAAGAUAGCAGAAGGAAAGGUGCGGAGAGAGGACAUUUUCUACUGCGGGAAGCUUUGGUGUACAGCUCUUGACCCGGAGAACGUCCGCCCAUGCCUGGAGAGGACACUCAAGAUCCUCCAGCUGGACUAUGUCGACCUUUACAUUAUUGAGUUACCCAUGGCUUUUCAGCCUGGAGAUAAAAUCUAUCCUAGAGAUGAGAAUGGCAGGUGGUUAUACCACAAGACAAAUCUGUGUGCCACUUGGGAGGCUUUGGAAGCUUGCAAAGAUGCUGGCUUGGUGAAAUCUCUUGGUGUGUCCAAUUUUAACCGCAGGCAGCUGGAGCUAAUUCUGAACAAACCAGGACUCAAAUACAAGCCAGUCAGCAACCAGGUUGAGUGCCAUCCAUAUUUCAUCCAGACGAAACUCCUGAAAUUUUGCCAACAACACGACAUUGUCAUUGUCGCAUAUAGCCCGCUGGGGACCAGUCGGGAUCCAACAUGGGUGAAUCUAUCUUCCCCACCUUUGUUAACGGAUCCACUCCUAAAAGCACUGGGGGAAAAGUACAAUAAGACAACAGCUCAAGUUGCUUUGCGUUUCAACGUCCAGCGAGGGGUGGCUGUCAUUCCGAAAAGCUUUAACCCUGAAAGGAUCAAAGACAACUUUCAGAUCUUUGACUUCUCUCUCACUGAAGAAGAAAUGAAGAGCAUUGAAACCUUGAACAAAAAUGUCCGCUUUGUGGAACUGAGCAUGUGGAGCGACCAUCCUGAAUACCCAUUUCAUGAGGAAUACUGACUUCGAGAGCUCCGGAACGCUUGUUCCCUCCCGUGUGUGCCAGAACCUUUGGCCGGUGCUUCCCCUCAGACGAAGUGGUGGUGGGUUUAACUUCUGGGUAAUAUAUGGCUUUGACUUAGCUAUAUUGAAAAAGGUUUAGACCUGUUGAAAUAAUGGUUUGGAAGCAAUUAGGGCAUCAGCAAAGCCAUAAUGAUUUGGUGACCAUUUCCAUCCAGUGUUUGAUUAGUUUUUACCCAGCUUUAAGGAUGGAUAACUACUAGUUCUCUCCUGUAUACUUUAAAAGGCCUGAGCUUCACACAUCUGGUGCCCCUUACUUACCCUCUGUUGCUCUUUCCCCCACGCAUCACACAACCACCAUGAUGCAAGCCGUCUUGAGACUAUCCCCAUAGGCAAAUAAAACCCUGUGUUGUGAGAUGGUCCAAAGAUGACUAUUUUAAAAGAAGGCAUUUUUAAAAGGGGGGCUUUGGGGGGAAAAUUGAAAAAAGAAACUUUAUAAAAUUAUUAUACUAAAGACUUUUUUAAAGUGUUUUUGAGAUAAUUGUGUACAUUUCGAGAUAGCAAGUUCAAAACAACACUGGCCAUUUUCCCGUAUGUAAUUUUUUUAAGUGAGUAAGAUUAUUAGAAUUUUUCAAUAGAGACAUGGUUAUUUUCAAUUCAACUCAAGCAAUAUGUUUGAUUCACUCACAUUAGGUCACCUUCACAGGGUAUCAUUUCAAAAAUUAAUGUUUGUGCAAACAGAUAAUCUUCAAUGAUGUGAAAAUAUACACUUCUGAGAAAUUAUCACUU